GCAAGUGAAGCGCUGAAGUUUGGCUUUGGCAAGUUCCGCAAGAUCAUCAAGCAUUUCCACAACCCGUUCCUCAUGGGAGUUGGCAACAUCCACAAAGAGGCGCUGCAGGAGAUUGCUGCGGCGAAGGCAUUCAUUUGCGAGGGGUACAUUGUGAAUGGCUUGGGCAUGGACAACAAGAAGGAGCAGAGGAUUUUGAUGAACACGCAGUGGGAGGAGCUUUCGGCAGAGCAGGUUGAUGUUCAGAUGGUGCAGCCCGCGCUGUACCAAGGGUUGGUUUCUUUUGUGGGCAAGUCCCAGGCAAAGCGUGGGACGAAGUAG